GUAUAACCAAAGUUAAGCCAAAGCCUGAUAAAUUAAUCACUUAAAAACAUUGCAAUUUACGUAUUUCAUUUUUUUAUACUUUCGGAUGAGCUUUAGCCCAACAAGCAUUGACUGCUAAUCAUUUUUUACAGUUAUUAUUACCUGGGCAAGUGAAUUUUUGGUUUUUGUUCCAAGAUGCUUAAGGGAGCCGUAAGUUUAGUGACGGGCGGAGGUUCCGGACUAGGAAAAGCAACUGUGGAGCGCCUAGUGUCGCAAGGUGCCAAAGUAGUACUUUGUGAUCUACCGAACUCCAAAGGGGCAGAAGUAGCAAAAGCCCUCGGUGACGAUAAAACGCUGUUCGUGCCAGUCAACAUUACUAGCGAAAAUGACGUGCAGAACGCCUUAAACGUUACCAAAGAAAAGUUUGGAAAACUGAACCAUGUGGUGAACUGUGCCGGAAUAGGGGUGGCCUUCAAGACUUAUAAUUUUAAGAAGAAGCAGCCGCAUUUACUUGAAGAUUUUUCCAAAGUUAUUCAGGUCAAUACGAUUGGAACGUUUAACGUGAUAAGACUUUCCGUUGGACUGAUAGGAGAGAACGAGCCAGAUUCUAAUGGAGAACGCGGGGUGGUUAUCAACACGGCCAGUAUAGCAGCUUACGAGGGUCAAAUGGGACAGGCAGCCUACGCGGCUAGCAAGGGGGCUGUCGUAGGAAUGACCCUACCCAUAGCUAGAGAUCUUGCCAGCGAAGGGAUUAGGGUAGUCACUAUUGCUCCGGGUUUAUUUAAGACACCAUUGUUGGCUAAUUUACCGGAAAAAGUGAUCGCUUUCUUGGAGAGAUCUGUGCCGUUUCCGUCGAGAUUGGGACAUCCGGAGGAAUACGCGCAGCUGGUGGAGGCCAUCAUUCAAAAUCCCAUGCUGAAUGGGGAGACUAUCCGGUUGGAUGGGGGUCUAAGGAUGACAUAGUGCCGUAUUUCUUUAUAUAUUUUAUAAUUUUAAGAAUAAACUGGUUUAUAGGAA